AUGCAUGUGCCACCAAGAGUUUCUCCAAGAAUAAUAAGGCCAUCUCUGCCUCCUAAUUCUGCACAAUUUAUUCAUCCACAAUCAUUGCGGCCUUUUGGUGGCCACAUAGGAUUCCAUGAACUAGCACCUCCAGUGGUAUUUGUCCCAGCUCCAGCUCCACCUCCACCCCAGGAUUCACUAAGAGGUGUUCCCUUUGUGCCUCCAAUGGCACAUCCCACUCUUUAUUAUGCAGGGGGGCCAGACCCUCAGUUGCAUAGUAUGAUUUUUAGUCAGAUUGAGUACUAUUUUAGCAAUGCAAAUUUAGUUAGGGAUACAUUCUUGCGGCAGAAAAUGGAUGACCAGGGCUGGGUUCCAAUAAAACUAAUUGCAGGCUUCAAAAAAGUAUUGCUUUUGACAGACAAUAUCCAGCUUAUAAUGGAUGCAGUUCAAACUUCACCUGUUGUUGAAGUGCAGGGAGACAAAAUAAGGAGGAACAAUUGGAUUGGAUGCUAUGAUGGGAGGACUGAACUGAUUUCUCACGCAGAUAAGCUUCUACAGACAUGUGAAGCUAUUGAUACAGAUGAUGAUGAUGAUGUUAAGGAAAAAAUUCUAAAGCUUGGUAUUUGCGUCCUGCAUGGUUCAGAAAAAGUCGCUGCAAAGGAGCUUCUGAGCCGUAUUACAUUGGCCGUGUCAAAGCUUAAAAAUGGGACUAAUACUGAAGAUAUCCUGAACGAUGACAAUCAUACAGCUAAUUCUUCAGGUUCUUCAGGUAACGGCAAUGCUGCAAUGGAUACUACAGACGAUGAAGGUCCUUCUAAGCAUCUAAAUGCUCAAAAAGGAACACAGUCUUUUCGUUAUCAAUUCGAGUUAUUAAAGCUAGAUGCUGAGUUUGAUAAGGCUAUGGAGGAUCUUGAAAAAUCCCAGAAGUAUGAAUAUAAGCUGGCAGAGGAAAGUCUUCAUACGCAUAAGAAAUAUUUACUAAAUAUUUCACAGCAACUGGAUAAAGAGAAAUCCGAGUUAGCAAGCAAAUCCGACACAUCUUGUUCGAGUGUCUUGCUUCAAACUGUCGAGAAAAGAAAUGAAAACCUAAAACGGGAACUCUUCCUCAAUCACCUUACGCUACUGAUCCAGCAUGGUCUGACUCCCUUUGGAAAAUUCUGCAGGUUACAUGGGAUGAUCCUGAUUUAG